AUGUCGUCCAAAGGAAUACAGAAAAAGAAUAAAGCAUCUGAUGCCACAAAGAAACUAGCUGAAAAGAUCAAAAAACAGGCUUUGCUCAAACAAAAACAAUUACAAGAGUCCAAAGAAUCAUCGCAGCAAGAGGAUGGUGCUAAAGAAGAAACUUCAGCCCCAACCGAAACCACUAUCGAUCCCGACGCUGAACUCAAGUUCAAUACAUUUGCUGAACUAAAUCUUGUUCCAGACUUGCUCGAAGCCAUUCAGCAAAUGAAGUUCACCAAGCCUACUCCAAUCCAAUCUGAAGCAAUACCUCAUGCACUUGAAGGUAAAGACAUCAUUGGGUUGGCAGUAACUGGUUCAGGUAAAACUGCAGCAUUUGCAAUUCCAAUCUUGCAAGCACUCUGGCAUGCACAAACUCCCUAUUUUGGACUAGUUCUUGCUCCUACUAGAGAAUUAGCGUUUCAAAUCAAAGAUACAUUUGAUGCUCUUGGUGCCACGAUGGGUCUAAGAUCGGUGUGUAUUGUUGGUGGAAUGGAUAUGAUGGAUCAGGCAAGGGACUUGAUGAGGAAGCCUCACAUAGUUGUUGCAACUCCAGGAAGAAUCAUGGAUCAUUUGGAACAUACCAAGGGUUUCAGUUUAAAGAAUUUAAAGUAUCUUGUUAUGGAUGAAGCUGAUCGAUUGUUGGAUAUGGAUUUUGGACCAGCGUUGGAUAAGAUAUUGAAGGUGAUACCUCCAAAGCGUACCACUUAUUUGUUUUCAGCAACCAUGACAAACAAGAUUGAAAAGCUACAAAGAGCCAGUUUGCAUAACCCCGUGAGAGUUGCCGUUUCGACAAAAUACCAAACUGCUGACAAUUUAGUACAAUCAAUGAUGUUGGUCAAUGAUGGGUACAAGAAUACAAUUUUGAUUCAUUUGUUGAAUGAGUUUAUGGGCAAAUCGAUUAUCGUGUUUACAAGAACCGUGGCACACGCACAAAGAACGGCGUUGUUGGCUCGAAUAUUGGGGUUCAAUGCUGUUCCCUUACAUGGUCAACUAUCACAAGCACAAAGAUUGGGUUCUUUAAACAAGUUCAAGUCCUCAAAGGCCAACAUUUUGGUUGCUACGGAUGUCGCCGCUAGAGGUUUGGAUAUACCACUGGUUGAUGUGGUGAUCAAUUAUGACAUACCAACGGAUUCGAAAGCAUAUAUCCACAGAGUAGGAAGAACCGCCAGGGCAGGUAGAUCAGGUAAGUCCAUUUCCUUAAUCACGCAAUAUGACUUGGAGAUGUACUUGCGAAUUGAAAAUGCAUUGGGAAAGAAACUUCCCAAAGAGGAAAAGCCUUCCAAGGAAGUUCUUGAUGCGUUGCACAUUCAUGUGGACAAGGCUACAGCAGAGGCUAUUAGACAGACUAAGGAAAUACACGACAAGAGAGGUAAAAGGAAAAGAGAUGACGAUCGUGAGGAGAAGUGA